AUGGCUACCCCACCUAGACCCUCAACCCUCGCAGACAACAGUCCGCAAUGGGCAUCUGGAUGUCCAACCUGCAUGGCUAUCUGGCUCCAAUUCUCAGGCCCUGAAUCUGCACCUGACAUAAAUCUUGGAUCUUAUGAAGAAGCGCUUUCGACUGCGUUUCCCCGCCACAAAGAGCUGAUACAAGAGUUUGUUCACUAUAUCCGCUCUGAAGAACCGAAUAGCCAAAGCUUCGAUAGUAGUGACUUGGGGUUCAGAAAACCACGCCAAGGCUUUAGCAUAUCUAUCAGUCAAUCUGUAUCUGGCAGCGGCCAUCUCUGGAAUUUGCUAUUGGUGAAGAAAGAUGACGUACCUGAGCACCCAGGUAAUGGGCGCGUACUCGACACGGACUGGGUCGAUAUCGGAUUUAUUAAGAAAUGGAAGAACAGAUGCAUUUCUUCGCAUGGCGUCAAAUGCCAAAACCCUCUUGAAAAGCAGUGCGUUGUCCCGGGCCAUGAACCCGUUGACUACGUGGCGAUAAGUUACACUUAUGGAAGCCAUACUCCACCAAUAAUUACUUCAACCGCCUUCAAAGGGCUACAAAAGCCGUUCGCUCUGGCAACCCCCGAGUUCUCAGACUUUGUCUCGCCUAUCAUUCGCCACGCCAUGUACCUAACCUCAGCCAUUGACGAGCGUUGCCUGUGGGCUGAUGCACUCUGUGUCACUCACCACGAUCCCGAGGUUGCUUCUGAGCAGUUGAGGUCAAUGGGGGCCAUCUAUGUUAAUGCGGUUGCGACUAUCAUUGCCACAGAUGGUGACUCUAGGUCUGGGGUACCUGGUCUCAAGGGCCGGACAAUUCAAGAAUAUGCAUUGGCGAAUAGAAAGAUCAUAUUCAAUAACCUCGAGAUCCACUGGCUCCAUCUUCACUCUAAUAUCGUGAUGGAUGGGCUCCCAUACGACUCAUCUCUUCGCCGCUAUCUUGACGAAUACAACCAGCGGUCGUUGUCCUUUGAGGAAGAUGCCCUCCCUGCUCUCUCCAGUUUACUAUCAGUCUUCAGUCGAACCUUCGAAUGUGGAUUUCUGUAUGGGAUUCCAGAGAUGUUGUUCGAGCAUAGUCUCUGCUGGCGAGCAUCUGGGACGAAAGGUCUGCAACGCCGCACCGCGUCAAGCAGACCUAUCGAAAGUCGUUUCGAAUCUUCCGACCUUCCUUCGUGGUCGUGGCUAGGUUGGAAAGGCUCUGUCUAUACGCGCAGCCAGACAGGAACUCGGUGGUACAUAAGUAGCUUACCAACUGAUCCGCAGGAGCAAAGGCGAAGAAUUCGACCGAGCUGGUUCGAGAAACGUGAGCGAUAUAAGGAUUUCACCAAACCUAUGCCACCAGGGUGGAAGCGUGUACCAGUACCCGAAAGUGAGCCCCGCCUCUGCCCUGAUGGCUGCAGCAGAUAUCUCUUCGAGCAUGAAUCUAUGCUUGAGACCUAUGGGAGAAUUUCGGAGUGGUACUACCCAUUUCCUGUGAGUGAGAUCCAGGAAUCAACAGCUCCCUUUAUGCCAGAGCAAACCCCAUAUUUAUUCUGUGAGACAGUCCAAGCCAGGCUGUCAGGAUAUCAACAGGAUUCUGAUAAGCUACAAUACCCGUGGGAAAACGAAUCAAAGCUUUGCGAUAGACUUGGAAAGGACAUUGGAAAAUUGCACAUUCCUAACAAGGAAACAAGGGAUCGGUUCCCGGAGAAUGUGAACGGAGCUGAGAUAGACCUACCGGUUGAUAUAGUAGCGACACGACUCCCGAUUUUUAAGGAGGAUUUAUACCUUGUGCUCUGGGUUGAGUGGAAGGAUGGUAUUGCGUACCAAGUUGCAAGCGGGGAGGUUUCUCUUAUCCUUGGGUAA